UUUCGGCUCGAGGAGUUCAGGAUCCUGCGUGGCGUCCCAUGUACACCUGCGCAAGUGCUGCCCCGUGGCAUGAAGACCACUGGGGCUCCUCUGCGACUAACCUGGGCAGCACUCGCAGUAUGUGGGGUGGCAUCAGGUCACUUGGGCACAGGCACUGGACAUCACGAUGGUCACGAGAUAUGGCUGACUGCACUAUUGCCCUUCACCGGCGGCGAGUGGGAUGUCGGCAUAUCGGCGCGCGUGGGUGGCGAGAUUAUGCUGGAUGAGAUCAACCAACAUCCACAUCUCCUCCCCGGCUACGAGUUGAAGGUUGUGUGGCAGGAUGGGAUGUGCGAUGACAGCGUUGCGACGCCCCUCUUCAUUCAGAAUGUAUUCGAGCAGAAGUACACGGCGUUUGCAGCAGGC